UUUGUCAAAUGUGGCUAUGCAGGCUCCAACUUCCCCGAACACAUUUUCCCAGCGCUGGUCGGCCGGCCAAUCAUCCGCUCCACAGCGAAAGUUGGCAAUAUUGAGAUCAAGGACCUGAUGGUGGGGGACGAGGCGAGCGAGCUGCGCUCCAUGCUGGAGGUGAACUACCCCAUGGAGAACGGCAUCGUCAGGAACUGGGACGACAUGAAGCACCUGUGGGACUACACCUUCGGCCCCGAGAAACUCAACAUCAGCUCGCGCGACUGCAAGAUCCUUCUGACGGAGCCGCCCAUGAACCCCACCAAGAACCGAGAGAAGAUCAUCGAGGUGAUGUUUGAAACGUACCAGUUCACAGGAGUUUAUAUCGCCAUCCAGGCCGUCCUCACUCUCUACGCUCAAGGUCUGCUGACCGGAGUGGUGGUCGACUCUGGCGACGGCGUCACCCACAUCUGCCCGGUGUACGAAGGCUUCUCGCUGCCUCACCUGACCCGACGCCUCGACAUCGCGGGGAGGGACAUCACGCGCUACCUCAUCAAG